AGCCAGUGUAACUGGAGGUUUAAUGGUGCCGUUGGUGACUGCUUGCUACUGUUGCCAACUAGCGUCAUUGUUCUGUCCUGUUGCCUUUGUGGGGGCCUGCCGACAGUUGUUAUUUGUUUUGACAAAGUUUUGUUGAUGUUCGAACCUUCAAGCUUCAAGAGCCGCUGCUACAUAAGUCCUGCAUAUACUCACAGUGGAAUGCAGCGCUGCAAUCCUCUCGAGUCGAGCAUGGUAAAACUGAAGAUUGCGAGCCGAAUCUUGCGCAGGUGGUCCUCCUCACCAUCUUCCCCCAUUUACCGCCUUCCACCUGAACUUCUCAUCGAGAUCUUCCUGCAUGCCACCUUGGAACCGAAGAGGCGGGACGUUUGGCGCGUCAGAGCCAAAAACCCUUUGGUCAUUUCCCACGUUUGCGGCGUCUGGCGCGACAUCGCUAUCGAUUGUUCUCCCUUGUGGAGUUGCAUUGCCAUUCAGCAGUCCUCAGCAGUCAUUACACCAGCCACGAGGCGUGCACGCCAUCUUCAUGACUCUUUUAAUGAUACGAGGGUCAACUUUCCUCUGACCAAGCUCUAUUUGCAGCGGUCUCGCAAGCUCCCUAUUGAUGUCGAAAUUAUUGUCCGCCAACCGCCAUCGCCACAAGAUUGGUGGACUUGCAGCUACGCACACGUGCUCUCUGACCUUCUCCUUCCUCACGUCGGACGAUUCAGGAGUCUGAUGAUGAACCAUCAGUCUUGGGUAUGCCAUCGUAUCCUUUGGGAGCGUAUCUUGACCGUCUCGAUGCCCAUUCUCGAAGACCUAGAGUUCUACUCCUUCUCCCCCGCGGACACUGAGGACGUGUCUACAGACAGACUCUUGGCUUCGCCCAAAGCAGAGCUAUGCCCGUCUCUUAAAGAAUUAACCAUUAGCAUUCCCUGUCAGUGGCAAGAAUUCGGGUUUUCAAACCUGACAUCGCUCAGCUUCGCAAUGCUCCCCUUGCAUCACUGUCCUACGAUCCAAGAACUGGUCGAAAUUCUGCGACUUAGCAAGGAUACCCUCGACAAGGUCGAGAUUAUUGGUGCCUUUGCAGCAAGAAACUCGGAGAGCCCAGUCUCUCCCAGUGACCGUCUUUUGCUGCCUAACGUUCGCAUGCUUCGCCUUGGGUUUCACAACGCUCGCGACGUCCGGCCGUUUCUCUACCAUGUCGCCUUUCCUGCGCUCAAGGCACUGGUUAUAAUUAAUAUGCACGGUGAAAAUGCGUUCCAAGGUCGUACGCACGAAGUGCAUACUCACUCCAUCAACCGACUCUUUGACGCUAUGAUACGCCUUCUGCCAUUAUCCCAGUUAACCUUUCUCAUCCUUCGACAUGUGGAGUUUCGAGAGGAACGAUUCCCAGCAUGGUCCAGCGUUCAACGAGGUUAUACGGGGGAGAAACACUUACCUGUGUCGUGGAAGUUCAUGGCAUCCUUGACAUCGCUCAGACACCUGUUUCUAAUCUCCCCUGAUAAUGCAACCUUGACGUCAAUGAAUUAUCCUAUCCCUCUUAUCUCUCAAUCUGAAACAGAAGACUCUUUAUCCCGACUUCCUCUGGUCCUUCCCCAUCUCUCUGUCCUUCGGAUUAACUCGCUCUCGCCAAAGAGCUACCACCAAGUUUUAGAUUGGAUUGUACAGAGGCACUCUGUUUUACGCGCUGCUCUAGGCGAAUAUUAUCGCGAUGGUCCUUUCCUUAGAACACUACGUUUGUGCUUACCGGAGGACGCGCAGGUAACAAUGGACGCCCUAGGAUAUCCUGGUUUAGCAUAUGAAGAGACUAUUUCAUAUUUCCCUGACAUUCACCGUAUGAAAUAUCCUGUCAUGCAUGAUAAUAUUUAGACGGCUUAGACAACUUAGAAAUAUAUAGAGCUAAUAGAUACAUAAUGGCCACUUUACUUCGUCGGUUUGCUUAAAUUCGGCUAAAAGAUUUUGGAAAAUAAUUGCGAGCGCAGCG